AUGUCAAACAGCAUCAAACAGGCGGCUGAAGCAGUUCGAUCCAGAACGUCCGAAGUCAUGGGUGGCGCAGGAAAGGGAUCUGGAGGCGAGACCGCAGCGGUUGCCAAUGACUUCCUGCAUACGCCUUUCAUGCGCGCCGCGCUACCGUUCCUCAAUGGUGGUGCAGCCGGCAUGGUUGCCACCACAGUCAUCCAGCCUGUCGACAUGAUCAAAGUCCGACUUCAACUUGCCGGUGAAGGCAUGGCGGGCGGCGUCAAGCCAACACCGCUCUCCGUUACGCGCGACAUUCUUGCCAGCGGUAGGGCUUUGGACCUCUACACAGGACUCUCGGCCGGUCUCCUUAGGCAAGCCGUAUACACAACGGCGCGACUGGGUUUCUUUGACACAUUCAUGGGCACGCUCACUGCGAGGGCCAAGGAGAGCGGAUCGGCAAUUGGCUUCAAGGAGCGAGCGGCCGCCGGCCUCUCGGCAGGUGGUCUCGCAGCUAUGAUUGGCAAUCCUGCAGACCUUGCCCUUAUUCGCAUGCAGAGUGACGGCCUCAAGCCCAAGGAGUCGAGGCAAAACUACAAGUCAGUAAUAGAUGCUCUGGCGCGAAUCACCAAAAAUGAGGGCAUUGCAGCACUCUGGUCGGGUGCAACACCAACUGUGGUGCGAGCCAUGGCUCUCAACUUUGGGCAGCUCGCUUUUUUCAGUGAAGCCAAGGCGCAGCUCAACAGCCGCACCGACUUGAAUCCCCGUGUGCAGACCUUGACUGCCAGCGCGGUUGCCGGGUUCUUUGCCUCGUUCUUCUCGUUGCCCUUCGACUUUGUCAAGACAAGACUGCAGAAACAACAGCGCGGCCCCGACGGAAAGCUUCCGUAUAAGAAUAUGAUUGACUGCUUCGCCCAAGUGGCCAAGCAGGAGGGCCCGUUGCGGUUCUACCGUGGUUUCUGGACAUACUAUGUCCGCAUUGCCCCACAUGCAGACACCCGCGACCGGCUUCGAUACAUGGACGAUCCCGAGGAGCCUUCACCAAUAUGGACGCCGAUUGGGGCGAGCUUGGCUACCGCCCCGACCCCACCAAUCCCAGUGCGCAUCACUCGGCGCCGACCGCCGUCGCUUUCGAUACCCGAUCAGAGCUACUAUGGGUUGGAAAGGACCAGGGUCGCGUUGCGGCCUACGUUUACUUUCUAAACAAUGGAAUCAUGGAGUUCCAGCGCCACAUCGCCUUCUUGUCGCACCAGAGGCAGCAGGGGCCCGUUCACCAGUUCCUCUUCAACGAGACGGGUGUAAUCAGUCUUGGGUCGCAUAACGUGCACAUGGCGCAGAGAGGAGGAAUGUGCCUUGCCAACAUUGGACAUGUAAACAUGACGAAUCUGCGCUGCAUGACAUUUACUUCCAGAGGCACUUCGGAGAUACUGGUCGCCGGCGACCAGGAUACCAUGUUUGUUAUUGAUCUUAACAAGAAGCAGAUAACCAAGGAGGUCCCUGCUCCGAACCACUACUUCCUGAUGAAGAAAAGCAAAUAUAUCUGCGCAGCAUCCCGUAACGGCUGCGUCGACAUUCUGGACCCCAUCACCCUAAAGGUCAUCAACACGUGGAAUACGCGCUCUGCGCAACUCAACGACAUGGACGUGCAGCAUGACUUUAUCGUGACAUGCGGGGCCUCUCUCAAGCAGGGUACCUACAUGGCAGACCCUUACGUCAAUGUGUUCGACCUGAAGAACAUGCGGUCCUUCCCACCUAUCUCUUUUCCGCCUCUGGUCACCUACGCCCGCAUGCACCCCAAGAUGGUGACUACCAGCAUCGUGGUGUCCAAGACCGGACAGAUGCAUGUUGUCGAUAUUGCCAAUCCUCAUAAUCCCAUCGUCCGCCAGGUGCUUGGCCACACACACUUGGCCCUCUUUGACGUUUCGCCGUCGGGCCAGGCGAUGGUAUUUACAGAUACAGAAGGCUAUAUCCAUGUAUGGGGUCCGGCGUCAAAGGCUGUGUCGUUUGUUGACCAAGGCCUUCCGGUUGAAUUCGAGACUGAGCAGCCCAGCUUUGCAUCAAUACCAUGGUCCGAAGACUUCCCAGUAAACAUGGUUGGCCUGCCACACUACUCGGAAGCUUUGCUAUCGUCAUGGCCAGCGGAUCUUUCCUCGGACGUUGGUGCGCCCCCAGCUCAGUUUGAUCAGGCCUACGUCGAUGCAAUGAUGCCGAACGGCAAUGUUGGCCUAUAUGGCAAAGCCGCAGCUGGUACCCGCCGGAAUCAGGUUGUCGACACUAGAUCUGCCGACAAGCCGCAGAGCAGCCUGCAGGCCCCCAAGUUUCUCAGCGAAAAGGCCAGAGAAGGGUUCAAGGGACUCACGAUGGACACGAGCGAUAUUGAAACCAGCGAAGAUGUUGUUCCGAGCCCCAUAAGGACCGACAUCGAGAGCUUGAAGUCUGUGGUACCAAACAUGUAUCACCUAUUUGAAAUCAAAUUCAGCAAAUUCGGCGUCGACGAUUUUGACUUUGGAUACUAUAACAAGACGCACCACUCAGGGCUGGAAAACCACAUCACCAACUCUUAUGCCAACAGCCUCUUGCAACUUCUCCGGUUCACCCCGAUCCUCCGCAACUUGGCUCUGCAACAUGCCGCCACCUCUUGUCUCGAUCAGCACUGUCUGCUCUGCGAGCUUGGUUAUCUUUGCGACUCGAUGGAAAAGGCGAGAGGCGCAUCAUGCCAGGCAACAAACAUGCUGAAAAUGCUGAGUCAACAUCCCGCAGCUGCGAACCUUCAUCUUCUGGAUGGUGAUCGGAUCGCUUCAUCCUCGGCCAUGAAGAUACAGGGUCUUCUUCGGUUCCUACUGGACUUCAUGUCUCGCGACUAUGGCAAGACUGCGCCAGGUGCCAACGACCUGGAGAUCGCCACAGCGACCUCAUCCCAAAGCUUGAUCAGAUGCGACCAGUGCAAGAGCGAGACGUCACGACCGCAGACAAACUACGUGCAAGACUUGGCAUACUCCCCAGUCACGAGCAACGGCAACAAAGGUGUCGAUGUUGCCGACAGCUAUCUGGCGGCGCAACAAGGCGCGACAAGAGGCCGCAUGGCGCCCGCGAAGCUGCCGUCUUUCUCACAAAUCCUUAAGAAGAGCAUAGAAAGAGAGCAGGUGACGCGAGGGUGGUGCACGACUUGCCGUGGUUACCAGCCACUGUCUAUGCGCAAGAUUAUCAAAUCUUUACCCCAGGUGCUUGCUGCCAACACCUGCAUCUCAUCAGUCGAGGAAAAGAAGCUCUGGGCAACCCCCGGUUGGCUACCCGAGGAGGUCGGCUUCAUCAUCGACAAGGAACACAUAUUCUGCUACGAGGGCGCUGAGCUGGACUGGCUCAUCAAAAAUGGGAAGUACAAGCUCUAUGUGUACUCUUUGAUGGGUCUUGUUGUCAACAUUGAGCCGGGCCCGACCUUUAAACCGCAUCCGGUUGCAAUUAUCAAUGCCGCUCACUCGGAGCCCCAAAAGCCCGCAACGAGUCAAUGGCAUCUCUUUAAUGAUUUCCACGUCAAGCCCAUCUCGGCCAGAGAGGCGUUGACAUUUAACACAUCGUGGAAAACUCCACUGGUUGUCAUGUUCCAGUUGAAAGCAGCCAACAACCACAUCGACAGCACAUGGUUGCAAAGACUCGACACGUCAAUUCUGUACCAGGAUCAGUCGCCCGAAGCAGAAGGCAAGUCCUACACUCUUCUCGACCGAAACACGGAAGCCCCUACACCAGGAACCGUCAUUGCAAUCGACGCCGAGUUCGUUCUCGCCAAGGAUUUCGAGUAUGCGGUCAACUCGGAUGGCGAGAAGGAGACGAUCAGGCCACGCAUACACUCGCUGGGGCGAGUCUCAGUCGUUCGCGCAAGUGGGGAUCGGCGUGGCGUGCCAUUCAUCGACGACUAUAUCAACAUCAAGGAGCCAAUAGUUAACUACUUUACCGAAUUCUCUGGCUUAACAGAGACCGACCUGGAUCCCAAGACAUCGAGACACAACCUUGUGCCCCUCAAGCUUGCAUUUAAGAAGCUCUGGUUAUUGCUGAACUUGGGGUGCAUCUUUGUCGGCCACGGCCUCAGGUCCGAUUUCCGUGUUAUAAAUCUGCAGGUGCCACGAGAACAAGUUCAUGAUACUCAAGAGCUCUUCUGGGUCGAGGCGCAACGGCGGAAACUGUCCCUGGCCUUCCUCGCCAAGUCAGUGCUCAACCUCGAGAUUCAAGGGCACAUGCACGACAGUAUCGAGGAUGCCAACACUGCCCAGCUGCUGUACUGGAAGUAUAGGGAGCUGUUGGAAAGCGGUAGACUUCACGAGGAGCUCAAAAAGAUCUACGCCUUUGGUGUCAAGCACGGGUUUAGACCUGUCAAGGUGGCUGGACAGUCAGCGCAGCGGACCGAGACGCCGCCUAUGGUGGACGACGCGCAACCCGGUGUUCUACUUCCAUAUCAGCCUCCAGAGUUAUUGCAGGGCAGUUAG